AGUUGGGCAUCUAUGCCCCUUCCUCUUCAUCACCGGCAGCCUUCAUCCGGCAGGCUGGCACCUUCUUUCAUUCCGUUUCCCUUGCUGUGGUUCUUGAUGCUUCUUCACAAUGCCUGGGCACUGCCCACACAGAACGGUGACUUCCAGGAGGUGGUGCCAGUCUGGAUGGCAUCUCCUCUGGAGGGAGAAGGGCACAUUUCUUUCUCCAUCACUGCCUUCGGCAAAGAGUUUACUCUGCAGCUGCUCCCUGAUGCCAGCUUCUUAUCCCCUCGCCUGAAGAUCCAGCACAUAGGAGGGAAAGAGCCUGCCGGGUCCCUUGCAGAAGAGGACGCGGGGCUGGUACGAAGGUGCUUCUACUCAGGGGCUGUGAACUCGCAGCCAGACUCUUUGGUGGCUGUCAGCUUGUGCCAGGGCAUCCACGGCUCCUUCUUGGUCGACGGAGACAAAUAUCUGAUCCAGCCCCAAGGGAACCAGAGUGGAGAUCCUCUCCUGCAGGUUCACCAGCUCCAGAAGCAGGGAUGGGUGGAAGAGUCUGCAGAGGACAUUCCCGAAGGAGAGGCCCAGGGAGAACCCAACGGCACUAGCAGCAGAACCAAGCGCUUCACGUCAGAAGCUCGCUAUGUGGAGACCCUGCUGGUAGCCGAUGCAUCCAUGGUCCAGUUCUAUGGCGAUGAGCUAAAGAAUCACAUUCUCACCCUGAUGUCUGUGGCUGCUCAGAUCUACAAACACCCCAGCCUGAAGAACUCCAUCAGUUUGGUAGUGGUGAAGGUAUUGGUGGUGGAAGACAAGAAGUCUGGGCCAGAAGUAUCUGACAACGGAGGGCUCAUGCUACGGAAUUUCUGCAACUGGCAGCAGCGCUUCAAUCCCGCGAGUGACCGUCACCCAGAACAUUAUGACACAGCAAUACUACUGACUAGACAGGACUUCUGCGGACACCAGAGUUGCAGUACCCUCGGUGUGGCUGAGACCGGCACCAUGUGUGAUCCAAACAAAAGCUGUUCUGUGAUCGAAGAUGAAGGUCUCCAAGCGGCCUACACUUUAGCCCACGAACUAGGGCAUGUCCUCAGCAUGCCCCAUGAUGAUUCCAAGACCUGCGAGAGACUGUUUGGGAACUUAGGAAAGCAUCACUUGAUGGCUCCACUCUUUAUCCAUUUGAACAAGACUCUGCCCUGGUCCCCUUGCAGUGCCAUGUACAUCACGGAAUUCCUGGAUGGAGGGCACGGCGACUGUCUGCUUGAUGAACCUGCCAAACCCAUUGCCCUCCCCAUAGACCUCCCAGGCCAAGUGCCCUUGUACAACCUGGAUCAGCAGUGCCAGCAGAUUUUCGGCAAGGAGUUUCGGCACUGCCCAAACACCACUCAUGAGGACAUCUGCUCUCAGCUCUGGUGCAAGUUGGAGACUGGGGAGCGCCUAUGCCACACCAAAAAUGGCAGUUUGCCCUGGGCAGAUGGGACACCAUGUGGAGCUGGGAGGAUGUGCUUGGAUGGCCAUUGUGUGGCCCAAGACACCGUGUUGCCCCAGCCUGUGGUGGAUGGCAACUGGGGCUCCUGGAGUCCGUGGGGGCCAUGUUCCAGAACCUGUGAUGGAGGAGUGCAUUUCUCCAACAGAGACUGUGACAAUCCCGUGCCGAGCAAUGGAGGAAAAUACUGCGAGGGUCAAAGGAUCAAAUAUCAGUCGUGCCACACUGAGGAAUGCCCACCUAAUGACAAGAGUUUUCGGGAGGAACAGUGUGAAAAGUACAACAGCAACAGCACGGAGUUGAAUGGGAGCGGACGGGAGUGGGUGCCCAUGUACUCGGGGGUGUCGCCUCGUGAUCGCUGCAAGCUGGUCUGCCGAGCUAAAAGGGGGAACGAAUUCAAAGUGUUUGAGACAAAAGUGAUAGAUGGGACACUCUGUGGACCUGAGACCCUCUCUGUUUGCGUACAUGGGCAGUGCAUCAAAGCUGGCUGUGACCACAUCAUUGGGUCACCCAAGAAGUUAGACAAGUGUGGGGUUUGCGGUGGCAACGGCGCAACUUGCAGGAAAAUAUCUGGCUCGCUCAACAAAUCCAAGUUUGGAUAUAAUGACAUUGUCACAAUCCCUGCUGGGGCGACCAACAUUGACGUCAAGCAGCGCAGCCACCGUGUGCGACACGACAGCAACUAUUUAGCUUUGAGAACCCUGGAUGGCAAAUACCUCCUGAAUGGAGACUAUGCCAUUUCAGCCAUGGAGCAAGACAUUUUGGUGAAGGGUGUCAUUCUAAAGUACAGCGGCUCCCUGACCACCGUGGAACGUCUCCAGAGUUUCCGGCCCCUCCCAGAACCCCUUACUGUCCAGCUGCUGACGGUUUCCAAUGAGAAGUUCCCUCCCGCGGUGUUCUCUCCCAAAGUGAAGUACACAUUCUUUAUCCCCAAGGACAUCCACUUCAGCAAGCAGAAGAACAAGGAGAAGAACUCAUCCAAUGUAAUUAAACCCAUGCUGACUUUGCAGUGGAUUCUGGGCGACUGGUCCGAGUGCUCCAAAACCUGUGGUUCUGGCUGGCAGAGACGAACGGUGGAAUGCCUGGAUGUGGAAAGGCAGGCCUCGUCAACCUGUGACAAGGCCCUCAAGCCCGAGGACAUUAAGCCCUGCAGUGAUCUCCCGUGCCCCAUCUGGCAACUGGGUUCUUGGUCCCCUUGUUCCCGCACAUGCGGAGAGGGUGUGCGGACACGGAGUGCCUUGUGCAUUGACUAUGCAGGGAAAAUCACCGCCUCGGAGAAGUGUGGGUCUCCAAAACCGCCAUCGGUGACUACCGUCUGCACACUUCUGCAAGAGUGCUGAGGCCCAGCAGGGACUGGCAUGUAUAACAUAGGCUAACUACUAACCUAACCCAAACCGAGCUUGGCGUUGCCGAGCAAGGAUGUAGGUCAAAAGGCAAAAGUGCACUAAUAGACCUGAACAGGCUCCAUUGGGUAGACCUGUUUGAAAGGUUAGCAGGCAUUGAACAACAACCACUCUUUUUCUGCUUUGACUUCCUCCAAAUAGACAUCUACCUCAGUUGGGGCGGAAAGAAGCAUGGGAUUUUCGAUAUUAAAAAAAACGUUCGUUUCACAGGCCUCUAUUCAACAUCUGAGCAGAAACAGAUAUGUGUCUUAGGCUGUUCCCAAAGAUCACCUUCAGGAAGCCUCCCUGUGGGUCUUACCGGAAGGACGUCAUCUAAGAAAACCCGUUACUCUUCCGAUAUAAAGAUACCCUGGCUGAAGGUUACCAAUUUGCAGCUGCAGUUACCAGAAAAACAGUGAUCCUCUGUGGGCCUAUAAGCCAGGCUCUGUCUUGGAUAAUAACCUUUCUAGAUGACUUGGUGCAAGUCGUUUAACCCUAGUCUGGCCGCAGUACUUCACGUGCCUCCUAGUCAGUAGGAUUCCUUCCAAAUAACUGAUUUUGCAAACUUUGCUGUGGCAGGUUCAAGCUGUGGCAAAAGAAGGCUCCUGAUGCCAACCUGAUCUGUGAGCUUUUGUGAGGAUUAGAGGAAGGCUUAUACAAUGCUUCAAAGGUAAAUGUGAGAACAUCUCUCUUGCAAGGGGUUCAUUAGCUGUGGGCGGCUGUUGGCCGGUGCUCCAGGAGACUUUGAUCAAAGCGCUGAAGCUGAUGGAUCAGGCACUUUUCUUCUAUGUUAGAUCAUCACGUCCUGGGAAAUGGUGGCUUCAUAUUGCCAGUUCAAUCCCUCAGGUUUGGGGGGAAUCCAAAAUGGCAGUCACGAUCCGUCCAUCUGUUUUUUGCUUUAUAACGACUGCCAUUUUGGGAAGUGUAGAAUAUUGUUCUGUUUUUUAAAAAUGUGUGUGUGUGUAUGAGGGUUUGUGUGUGUGUUUAACAACCUGUUUCUACUAGGGAGGCCAGUAUGUGAGAGCUGAGGGCCUUUUUUUCACCUUUUCCCCUUUUGUCAUCAUCAUCCUCAAAACCAUCCCCAACCAGGCUGCUUUUACACAACAUAUGUUUUGUG